AUGCGACAAACAGAAUUGCCUGUGCCUGCCUCAAAGUAUGGAGGAGCAAAUGGUAGAGCUGUUAAAAUGGUACGGACAACUGAGCUAGUGAAAAGAAAGACAAUGUCAGCGAAUAAGGUGGAGAAGACAGUGAAUGGUUCAGCUUCAAAGGUCAAUGGAGCAAGUCAAGUGCGAAAAAAAACUAUCCCAGUCUUGACCAAGACAGUGAAGUCUAGAACUAGAACCUCUAAAGAACCUCCAUCAUUGAAAGAGCUAAAGGUUUUGCCCUCAGAUGAAGGUUUCAGUUGGGCCAAUGAAAAUUACAGUUCCUGGCAGAGGUCUAUUGAUGUUUGGUCUUUUGUUGUUUCUUUGAGAAUUCGGAUUCUGUUGGACAACUCAAAAUGGGCAUAUUUGGGAGGCUUCACAGAAGCAAAGCAGAAAAGCAGAAGGAGGAAAACUGCCUCAUGGUUAAGGGAGUGUGUGUUGCAGCUUGGUCCAACUUUCAUUAAACUUGGUCAGUUGUCAUCAACGAGGUCAGAUCUAUUUCCACGUGAAUUUGUGGAUGAGCUCGCAAAAUUGCAGGACAUGGUUCCUGCGUUCUCUACUAAGAAAGCGAGAAAAUUCAUUGAGACCGAAUUGGGAGCUCCCAUUGACAUAUUAUUUGAAGAGUUUGAAGACCGACCAAUUGCUGCUGCUAGUCUCGGUCAGGUUCAUCGCGCUAUUCUGCAUAAUGGAGAAAAAGUAGUGGUCAAAGUUCAAAGGCCUGGCCUGAAGAAGCUUUUUGACAUUGAUUUGAGUGAUAACACAGAUGAGAUCUCCAACAAUACUGUUUUGACACACUUGCUUGUUUCAAGAAAGUCUAAACUGAAGACGGAAAACUUAAAGCUGAUUGCAGAGUAUUUCCAGAGAAAUGAAACUUUUGGCGGUCCACUCAGAGAUUGGAUUGGAAUAUAUGAAGAGUGUGCAACUAUUCUAUACCAAGAAAUUGAUUAUAUAAAUGAAGGAAAGAAUGCUGACAGGUUCCGACGAGAUUUUAGAAACAUAAAGUGGGUUCGAAUACCUUUGGUAUAUUGGGAUUAUACUGCCUUAAAGGUGUUGACCAUGGAGUAUGUACCAGGUAUCAAAAUAGACCAGGUGGAUACAUUAACUUCGCGUGGCUAUGAUCGAUUGCGAAUCUCAUCACGUGCUACUGAGGCGUACCUGAUUCAGAUAUUGAGAACAGGUUUCUUUCAUGCGGAUCCUCAUCCUGGAAAUCUUGCGAUUGAUGUGGACGAAGCAAUUAUUUAUUAUGACUUUGGCAUGAUGGGAGAGAUCAAAUCUUUUACCCGAGAGAGACUGCUUGAACUUUUCUAUGCUAUAUAUGAAAAGGAUGCCAAAAAGGUUAUGCAACGCCUUAUAGAGCUGGGAGCCCUGCAACCUACUGGGGACCUGUCUUCAGUGAGGAGAUCUGUACAGUUUUUCCUUGACCAUUUGCAAAGCCAGGCACCAGAUCAGCAACAGACCCUUUCUGCAAUUGGGGAGGAUUUAUUUGCAAUAGCACAAGACCAGCCAUUCCGUUUUCCAUCUACCUUUGCCUUUGUUCUCAGGGCGUUUUCAACACUUGAAGGCAUAGGUUACACACUCAAUCCAAAAUUCUCCUUUGCAAAGAUUGCUGCACCCUAUGCGCAGGAACUUUUAGAUAUAAGGCAAAAGCAGAUCACUGCACCACAGCUCGUGGAAGAGAUAAGAAAGCAAGCAGAUGAUGCUAGAUCCUAUACCAUGUCAAUGCCAUACAGAGUUCAAAGAAUAGAAGAGUUUACAAAGCAACUUGAAGCAGGGGAUCUAAAACUUCGGGUCCGAGUGCUCGAGGUGUAG